AUGUGCCGCCAGGCGGGGUGCGGGCAGUGCGUGUCUGAGGAGCACCAAGGCAUCUUCCACUCCGUCAACCUCAUAGACACUGUGUACCAGGAGGAAAAAUUAACCUUCUUCAGCAGUCUGAAAAAAAUGAGAAUAAUAAAUGAGAAGCUGAUGAAUGAAAUCUCAAAUCAACCGAAUGAUAUGGAUAUGGUGCUGAACAAUGAUGCAGAGAUAAUUGCACUGGAAUUUGGAGAAAUUUUCAAAACUCUGGAAAUGAAGAAACGGCAAUUGCUAGAAGAUGUUGAAAAUCAAAGAAGUAAAAAAGAGAAAGAAUAUCAGAUUUGGAAAAAAAUGAAGGAAACUCACAAGAAGACCAUUGAGAAUUUUUUGAAGGAUUGUGAAAAGCUUGUCCAUGAGUGUGAUCCUCAGCGUUUCCUGGAGGUGGCCUGUGGCUUGAAUACAAGAAUGAAAACUCAGCUUGACCUGAUGAAUAUAGCAUCCAGCUAUGAAAAACCACCAGAGUAUACUCAAAAGAAGAUGGAUAUCAAACCUGUGGUUAAUGAAAUCUUGGCUUUGAAGUUAAUGCCUGUUAACGUAGGCAUUGUUAAAGAUCUACCUUCAGGAGGAAACAAGAACUCAGCAAAAAAUACUCUAUUUAAAAAUAACACAAAGCAAUGGGAGGACCAGAAGAAUAUACCCAACACAUUUCUUCCUGUAGCAGGACAGGAGGAAGCACUAGCAGACGGUAGCAGGAUCUGUACUCGCUUAAUGUCAAUAUCGGAAAUGUCAGCGUUUCAAAACAUGAGUCAUGAGGAGUUACGUUACAAAUACUAUAUGGAACAUCAGAAGCUCUCCACUGAGUUCAAGACACAAGCUUUACCUGCAAAUAAAAAGUAUAAAUUUGUAGUUGCUGAGGCAUUGAAGGAUAGGUCCUCAGAAACUCCUUUUGCAUCUUCACUUACCAAAGCAAAUGACACAGAUAAAGUAAAAAUGGGAACCCUGCGAAGAGCAGAUGGCUUUGAGAGAAGCUUUUCUGGAACCAAUGUUUCUGCAGAGAAACUUUCUGCUUCACCUUUUGCUUUCAGUGCAUGUAACAGCUCAUUACCCAGACUUAUUAAAGAUGCAGGUACAUCUUCCUUUAAAAAGAAAGACAGGAAAUACGUUUUACCUCAGUUUUAUCUGGGAAAAUGUGAUCAUGUGGAUAAAACUGAUAACCAGGAUGAAAACAAACUUAGAAAACAUGAUCCUGUAACAAAACCCACAGUUUCUGAUGCUUCAACCAGUCCUAAUUCAGACUUGGCAGAAAGUAAGAAGCCAAAUUUUUCAUUUCCCUUUGGCAGUUCAGAAGGAGAUUGUUUUGCAGGAUCGGGAGUCAGCAAUUCAUUUAAGGUUUUACCAUUACCUUCACCUUUUAGCCAAUCUGAGAAGCCAUCAGACAAAAAUACAUCAUCUCACAUGACAGAAAAAACACUUUCUGCAAAGGAAACUACAGAAUAUGACACACAGAAACCACCUGUCUCACAGGAACAAAAAGCUAGUGCCUCAGAAUCCAUCACAGCUGUAGCUUGCAGCACUUCAGAAACCAACACUGCAGCUGGGGUGAAUGAUGUCUCUCAGUCCCCCCUGCUCCCUAGUAAUUGUGUAUUUUCCUUCAAAAAUAACUGUUUUCAAUUGCCUUCACCAGUAUUUUCAUUUGGAAGUAUUGUCAGAAAUACCUCUGAUUUGCUGAGUUCUCCCAUGUUUUUGUCCGGAAAUGGUACUGAAAAAAUGGAAAAAGAGACAAUGAAAUCUCUAGAUUUAGAGGUGUUUCAUCAGGAGAAGUCUGCAUCUUCAGAGUGUGCAGAGCCUGCUUCUAGACAUAGUCAUCCAAAGUGUGAAGGUUCUUUCUUUGCCAUGAACUCACCUAAGAAAACAGAAAGUGCAGAAGUGCUUGCUGAUAGUAAUUCUUCCUGUAGUCAGCCUUUAUUCAGUUCAGUUGUCCUUCCUGUUAAAUAUGAGAAUGCCUCUUCCACUCAACCUAUUAUUACAGCAGCAAACCAACAAACAGAGGUAAAAGACGAAGAAAGUGAAACUGUUGCUGAAAAUAACUCUUCCUGUCCUGGGAGGGAAGAUGAACCCAAAUCUGUAUCGUUUCAGAACACAGCUUGUUCUGUUCCUGGCACGUGCAAUGAUCCAUCAUUAGGAGGUUCUGUGCUUACAGUAUGCCGAGUGACAGUGAUUCUGACACUGAAGAGCUGA